AUAUUUAAAUGAUUUAUUAUUUACUCUCUAAAAAAAAUUAUUGCUCCCACAACUCCACAAUGAUGUAGAUCAAAUGUUAUAAAUUAUCCGUCACUCGAAAACGAAAAACGAGCAUUAAAUAGAAACUGAAAAGCAUACAAAGUCCUGGACAAUCAUCCAGCAAAUGCUUCACCAUGGGUGCCAACAACAGCAAGCCGCAAACAGUCCAGAUGGCGAAUCCCAUUCCUUUUCAGAUCACGCGCGAAGUUGUGGAGCGAAUUGAUCAGUCUGCGGGACACAUCACGAUGCCGACAUCAAACAUGUGCGAGAAGUGCAAGCAGCGAGAACGAGGAGGCGCCUCCGCGAGUACGGAUGCGGCGCCCAAAACGAUUGACCAAAAAGCGGCGGAGGUGGUGGCAGUGCAGCCCAUGCCUGUGGCCGCGGCUUGGAAGAGGCGCUCUUCGGAAAUCGAGGAAGCCCACUUCGACACGUCGCUGCAGCGGGUACAGGAAAUAUUCGGCAAGCCGACCAAAUGGACCAAGGAUUGCGCCGGCGAGAUCAGCAAGCUGGAGGAGGACCUGGUCUUCUGCUACCAGAAGUAUGCCAACGAACCGCUCCAGUGCGCUCCUCUGGCCAGCCAGUAUCACCGGUUUGUGUUCGGAAAGCAGGCCGCCGAGAUAGCCAGGCCGAGAAAGGAUAGCCCGGACGACGGAGAUUCUUCGAUAAAGUCGCCAAAAAACCUGGAUGCCAAGAUAGAAUAUAACUAGCUUUCUUGAAAAUCAAUUGAAUAAAGGCAAUCGAAUCGGUAUGGCGACAUUUUGAAUAAACUAGUAAUUUAUCAUAUUUUGCCAUCAUUGUAAUAAUUUUGAUAAUUUUGAGAAGGCAACCAUAAGUCCGAAUCCAUAAUCUGUAAAGUACAUAACCACAUAAUAAAAAACACGAAACUUUA